AUGCCUGACACUCCUCGGCUAAGAUCAGCUUUCCCGCAAACACCCAGGACUUCUCAGCAGGCUUCUGAGGCGGGGAACCACCACGAUGGAACGCUCUUAAAGCCAAGUGACCACCAUGCACUUGAACAGAAAAUAAAUAAAAACCAGCCCCAAGGGGACAUUCAAGGGCGAAAUAUAGAUAAACCUCUAAUCUCAUUUGACGUUAUUGAUGCACCGGCACAGAGACUAUAUGUUGUCGCUUUUUAUGUCUUCCUGAAUGCAUGGCGCUUGUACGAAUAUUGUGAAUUUUCUGAUGACCUCGAUUCGACGUGGCUAUUUCUAAAAUGGCUUUCCAUCGAUGCUUUCUUUUUGUUCGGCCUUCCAACGCUAAGAAUACCCUGGCUGGAAUGGGCAUUUUCAACCUCGCUGGCUGUAUUCAUGCUUCAUGCUGUGGCCAAUGUGUUCUUGAUGUUCCAUAUACCGGUAGCCCUGUUGCACCCUUUCACUCUUCACGGCCCGCUAACUGGAUUUAUUAGAUUCCAUUCGGCACCUGGGUUGGAGCACUCGUCAAGGUCAGCAAUUCUAAACCCAGAGCGACAUGCGAUUUGUCUCGGCGAGUGGCACCCUACGGCGAACCUACCAAUCCGAAUAAAUCAAACAACGCCCGUUGCUAUUGAAUUAUUACGGAUUGAUUUGGAAUCUGGGCUAAAUGAGACCAUUUCAAUCUCCCAUAAGCUUGCAAAACAGCUAAAACGACAGUCGGAUAUAGUGCAUGGGAAAUAUGAUCACUCUAGCCACCGAGAGUUACUUUACCCCGUUAAGAAAACUGGUAUAUACCGGUUGCAAAAAGUUGUGGAUGAGUCACAUCUCGAAGUUCAUCGCAAAUCGCAAGAUACUCUGGUUGUUCCGUGCCCGAGGGCUACUAUCCUUGAGUCACCAGUUCACAAAUGCAGAGGGCAGCUUUCAAAUCUCACUUUGGAAAUUACUGGGACUGCUCCGUUGAAGAUUAAAUAUAGCCGCAUGUUGAAUGAUAUCGACCACGGCGUGUCCUAUCGGAGCAUACAACCGGAAAGCCUCGUCUCGCAAUUUACUAACGAUAGCCACCCCAGUAGAUUCAGUACUUUGUGGGCUAAGACCCAGAAGAUUAACAUACCAUUGAACGAAUCCCUGAACGAAGAAGGUGAAUGGAUAUAUUCGGUUGACGAAGUGCACGAUGGGCGUGGAAAUCUCGUGAACUACACCAGCUUGCGAGAAAAAAAUCCGAGAUUGACACAACAUGGGCUCCAGUCCCAACGGUUUUUCGUCCACGGUCGGCCUCGGGUUUCAUUUACUGGUUGUAAUCCUCAAACAUUCCUCAACGCAGCGAAAGGCGACUCGGUUGAACUUCCUAUCCAUUUCCAUUCCGCUGAACGACCACGAGUAACCGACCCUCCUUUCACCCUGGGCUAUUCCUUCACCGAAAACCCCCCGCAAGGUAGCCAAGCCAUAAACCCAGAAUUUCACGAAGUUGUUCUGAGUGAUGUGGAUAAUAAACCGCGGAUCGAAAGGUCGGGCUGGUAUAAUGUUGUCAGCAUUUCGAGUCAAUUUUGCCAUGGAGACGUCCUCGAGCCGUCCCUGUGUUUCCUCCAUAACCCCCCAGAGCCGGAAUUAUCGAUCCAAAAAGAGUUUAUUUACGAUAAAUGCGCCAACCAUUCCGUGGGGCUUUCUCUAGAUUUGGAUCUCAUUGGCACGCCUCCAUUUAAAAUUCGCUAUUCCAUCGAACAUUCCAGGGGGAUACAGACGAAGGUCCUAUCAGUUGACGGUUUAAGGGGACAUCUUGACUUAGCUCCUGUGGAAGCAGGUCACUACAAAUAUCAUUUUCUUGACAUAUCUGACCGCGUGUAUGAAAGCCGCUCGUUGAAAGAGAAGAUACCUACUUUGGAACAAAAUGUGAAACCUCCAGCAUCGGCCCAGAUUGUUGGUCCCGUGACGAGUCGAAAGGCGUGUUUUGGUGAACCUAUAACGGUGGAUCUUCUUUUCCUCGGCGAAGCUCCCUGGGAACUACAGUAUGAACUUAUUCACAAUGGCAAAAGGGCCAAGUAUGACUAUUACAGCGCGACCGAGGCAUCAUCUUUAACCAUCGAGAGAUUAGUCGAAGGUGGAGAGUAUACUCUUGGCCUUGUGAGCGUUAUUGAUAAGUCAAACUGUAAGCGUCCGCUGAACGAGGAAGUUAAAAUUGAAGCUCGCGCGAAGCGACCCAGUGUCGCUUUUGGGCAAGUGGAUAGGAAACGGAGCAUACUUGCCUUAGAGGACAAGCAAGUUGACCUGCCUUUAAGACUGGAGGGAGAGGCUCCUUGGAGAGUUAGAUAUCGCCACGCCGACAAGGAGCAGUCGACACCAACCGAAAAAGUUUUCUGGAAUGAGAACAGUUUUAUACAAGUAAAUCAGCCUGGAGCUUAUGAACUCCUAAACGUCGAUGACGCUACUUGUCCCGGGUCAAUUGACUACUCUGCACACCUAUUUAAUGUUUCCUGGAUUCCUCGACCAUACAUCUCGGCAAUUGAUGGCAACUUAUUGGAAGGUAAAAACAUUGUCGAAAAGCGCGAGGUUUGCGAGGGUGACGAAGACACAAUGGAUAUACAGUUUAGAGGCACCCCUCCUUAUACAGCGAGGUACGAACAGCAGUGUGAUGCCCACUCCGGUGUCACCUUGAGUUCAAAAAGUUUGACGGCGGCGUUGAAUUCAGCUGUGAUACGAAUGGAAACGUCAAACCCCGGGGUCUAUGCGUACAAGUUCACUAAUAUUGGUGACAACUUGUAUAGCCUUGACCACCAAAAAACCACUUCAGUUACAGUUACUCAAAGGGUGAAUCCCCGCCCUUCGGCACAAUUUCAAUAUCCAAGCCGUAAUUAUGGGUUUUGCAAAGAAGAUGGCGACGGUGAAGAGGCGAUACCCAUUGUGUUGGAGGGAGUCCCGCCAUUUGCCCUUGAGAUAGGGAUUAGGCAUCAUUCUAAUUCGAAACCCGAUGUCCUUUCUAUUCCCAACAUCAAGUCUCGCUUGUAUAAUCUCCCUGUUCCCCGUCGAUAUCUCGACUUGGGCCAGCAUGUGAUUACGAUUCGUAAAGUCAGAGACGCUCGCGGUUGUGUUCACACAACUGAGUAUGAUGGUUCCUCAGUGCGAGUCACCAUAUCCGACGUACCUACCAUCAUACCGCUUGAAUCUAAAACGGACUACUGUGUUGGUGAACGGCUGUCAUUUUCUUUAUCUGGACAUGCACCCUUUGAAGUUCAUUACACAUUCAAUGAUGUGCACCGGAAAGCGACAAGUCGAACGACGAGCUUUCGUCGAAUCGCUGAGAAGCCUGGUGAGUUUACCAUCACGGCUGUUAGCGAUGGAGCAAGCGGUAAAUGCAAGGCCCACAAACACAUAACCAAAAUCAUUCAUGAAAUGCCAAGUGUCAGAAUGAGCCAGGGCAGGGUUUCCAUCGUUGACAUUCAUGAAGGGGGAGGGACUGACAUUUUAUUCGAAUUUGGGGGGACACCUCCUUUUGAAUUUACCUACACCCGGAGCUCAAAUACUGCCAAGGGAUCCAAACCCCAGAUCCUCGAUACCAAGCAUGACAUAUCCUAUGAACAUACCAAAACUAUUCGCGCAUCCGACGAAGGUACCUACGAAGUAGUCGCUAUCAAAGAUAAGUUCUGUUCAUUUUCUACCUUGAAUGAGAUAACAACUGGUAGGAAAUGGUAG